UGGGAAUCGUGAUAUCAUGAGUAAAUUCUGCAUUAGAAAGGGCUUACUCGUAUCGUUUUCGUCACAACUUAACUCGGCAGCAAACAAGCUAACAUCCCUUUCUAGAUAUACGCUUUCUGGUUUAGUCAUGAGCGGGUAUGAAACUGAUGAUUAUGUUUUUAAUACGUGCGAGACUGUCAGAGGUCCAAAAUAGUUUGGGUAGAUACGUAGCCGCGAUCUUCCGCAAGCCACCAAAUGGAAGUAUGUUCGCAGCCUUUCCAAGUAUGACAUGUCAGUUGAUAAAUCUCAGUUUCCUAACUUUUUUCCCCUUAUUCACAUCAGAAUUUGAAGUUCACGGGGCUUGUUUGGUUCGCAAUGAACUGAAGCAGAAAGACUUCUGGGGGUCUCCUCGACGCUUUUAUAGAGAUCUGCGAAUCGUGACUUCUUCGGGAGGCGUUUUGGAUAUCGAGCGCCAUGGCACAAAUGGUAUUUCGCUUAUAACUUUGUCAUUGAUGUUUGUUACGAGAAAAAAAUAUUUAAAACUCAGGCACAUGAUUUCUCCCCUUUUAAGAUUACAGGAUGAAAACAACGGGAUAUAAGUUGACUGGAGUCAAGACGGUGCACGUUUGA